CGGCUCGGUUCUCGCGGCCCCGUGGGAUCUGGUUUGUAUGUGUCCUUCGCACAUUCAGUCAAUUCUGCUGCGGUGAUCCUCCUUCCUAAACUCCGGCGCUAUAUUCGCUGCGAGCCUUAAGUACCUCCCGUCACGCCGUCACCCACCAUCUCCGUACUGGCCCGUCAAAAUGGCCACCACCACGGAGCAGCCCUUCGCGCUCAACGUCCCUGACGCCGAUAUCGACCUGCUGCGUAGGAAGCUCGAGCUCGUCCGCCUGCCCGAUGAACUCGAGGGUGCCAACUGGGACUACGGCGUCCCCCUCGCGGACAUCAAGCGCCUCAUCGCGCACUGGCAGACCGCCUUCGACUGGCGCAAGUCCGAGGCAGAAAUCAACAAGCUGCCCAUGUUCACGCGCGACAUCGACGUCGACGGCUUCGGCACGCUCAACAUCCACUACGUGCACCAAAAGAGCGAGGUAAAGAACGCGAUCCCGCUCCUCUUCGUGCAUGGAUGGCCCGGCGACUUCCUCGAGGCGAGGAAGAUCUUGCCCAUCUUGACAGCGAAGUCUGCGGAUCACCCUAGCUUCCAUGUCGUCGCGCCGAGUCUUCCUGGGUUCGGCUGGUCGGAGGCACCGAAGAAGCCCGGCUUUGCCGGCUGUCAAUUUGCGGAGGUCUUCAACAAACUUAUGGUCUCCCUUGGAUACGACGAGUAUGUGUACCAAGGCGGCGACUGGGGACACCUUCUUGGUCGCCACGCGGUGACCCACUACGGGCACAAGCACAUCAAGGCGUGGCACACAAACAUGCCGCUAGCCGGCCCGCCCAAGUUCUUCUCCAACCCGCUGAUCUUCCUCAGCAUGUUCCUGCUCCCCUUCAACAAGCCCGCGCUCACCGCCCUCCAAAAGGCGCAGAAGUUCCGCAAGACCGGCAUAGGCUACUUCAUGGAGCAGUCGACUAAGCCGCAGACGCUCGGCUACAACCUCGCGGACUCGCCCGUCGGCCUCCUUGCGUGGAUCUACGAGAAACUCGUGAGCUGGUCGGACGAGUACCCCUGGACAGACGACGAAGUGAUCGAGUGGAUCUCCAUCUACUGGUUCUCGCGCUCCGGGCCCGCGGCCUCAAGCUUCAUUUACUAUGAGAUGUCCAGCGGGAACGCGCACGACAAUUCGCAGGGGACCCAGUGGAUGUCCGUCCCCCUUGGCGUGUCGUACUUCCCUGGAGAGGUCGCGCAGCUUCCCAAAUCAUGGUCGCAUCUGCUGGGCAAGGUGGUGUUUGAGUCCGAUCAUGAUAAAGGUGGACACUUCGCAGCGUUUGAGCAACCUGAGAAGCUCGCGAGUGACCUGCGCAAGAUGUAUGGCAAGGGCGGGCCCGCGCAUGGCGUCGUGACUGGUAAGAACGGGUACGACUAA